UAUUGACACACACACACUGUGCAGCUUGGCUGCUAGAGUAAUGCUAUACCUCAUCAGUGUGCAUGCCCAAUAAUAUCUACAUAGCCACAGGCAUUCCCAAGAGGAGGAGCUCAGUGUUGACAGUCACAAACUCUCAACAAGCUGCCUGGUUAAACACGUCAUGUGUAAAUGCUCUGGUGUCGCUUAGUUUGUCAGAGCAGUCUUUGUUGUAAUGAGCUGAGCUAAAACUCAUGACUGACCCUACAAGAGAAUUUUUUUAUUAAAGGUUUCCUGAAUUAGCAGAGCUGAGGACUCUGGAUGGAGCUGCCUAUGUUGAGCCGUAAGCGUUCACUGUUUCAUGGACAUGAAAAGGAGCCUCCGCUGUACACAAAGAAAUGUUUGGUGAGCCUGAAAACUCUGCUGGACAGAUAUCAGACUGACAGGUCAGACAGAGGCAGACUGAAGACAAACUGUGUUCAUCCCUUCAUACCUGAAUACUGUGUGAAUGGAGACACAAAAUCCCCGGCUGACACUAAGAGCUUAUUUGAGCAGUUAUCGUACUGGGCUGACACGCAAACCUCUGUGCAGAAAGUGCUGGAGCAUCUCAAGUUCAGACAUGCAAACGAUGACAUCUUCCUCAAUGACUCGAUCAACAGAAAAUUUCUGGAGUUUCACCGUGAUAUAACUGAGGAAUGUGGUGCAGAAGAUAAGCAGCAUUCAUGGGCCGUUAUUGAGAAACAGGAGGAGAUUGUCAUGUAUGGACCUUACUACCCCAAUUACAUCAAAGGAGAACACAGCGAGGACAUCAUUAUCAAACAAACCCAGGAACUUCUGGAGUCCGAUGUUGUCACAGAAGACUGGAAGGUGUAUGUUUUCACCAUGAACAGCCCAUGUCUUGCUAGAAACACUGCCCCAUGCAUGCUGAACCUGGUUCAGAAAGCUCAGGAAUGGUGGAGUGUGCAUGGAGUAAGAACUCAUAUAGGUUAUGUGAAAUGCUGGGGCUUCAAAGGAACUAAAGAAAAUCUGUUCAGGAAUAUUACGUAUAGCCAAGUUGACUGUAUAGCUCAGACAGAGGAUCAUGAGAGCUAUGUUAAAGCAGCUGAAAAGAGCACUGAUUUUAAUCCUUUAUGUGAAAAUCUGUUUUCUUCUGUUAAACACCUCCUGAAAUCUGUGAGUUUCCCUUCGAUGAACCUCGUGCAGGGGCAAGACUGGAAAAGUUACUUUAAAAGUAUGCAUAGUGUUUCAUCAGAGGACGAGAAAACAACCUUCCCCCAGGUGGUGAACACCAUGAUUGAAGCUAGUCAAGGUCUGCUUUCAGAAAAAAGUGAAAGUUUUGAGGAAUGUUUAGAAAAAGGAAGGGCGUUUGCAUUCGAUUACACUUUUAGUUCUCAAGUAUCUGACGCCAUCCAGGAUCAAACAAGACUCACAUUUCAACAGUGCUGGAAGGAGAUGGUACAGGACAAGAGUGCUGAGUUCAUCAGGGAGAAGCUGACAGAAGACUUCAAUCAGUGUACCGUCCAGCUUUUUAUCAAAGAUGCUGUGAAGUGCACAAAACAAUACCUACAAAUUGGAAGGAUACGGUUUCCAGAAGAAGAUUCGCAAGCUCCACAAGUUGUCCGAUAAGUACUCCCUUUUCCAAGGCGAUCAGAGGGACUAAAUAUUUAUUUUUUAAAGAUAUAUUUUUGGCCUUUUUAAGCUUUAUUUGACAGAGACAGCUUAAAGAGUGGCAGGAAAUGUGGGGAGAGAGAGAGAUGGGGAAUGACAAGGGGGAAAGAGCCACAGAUUCAAACCCUAGGCCGCCGUGUCAAGGACUGAACCUUUGUACAUUGGGCGGAUGCUCUACCAACUGAGCUGAACGACACGUCCAGCAGGACUAAAUAUUUCACAAAUGUUUGGUAUGCAUUCAAAGUGGAAAAACAGCAAACCUUUACAUACCAUUUGCAUUAUGUCAAAAAUGCUUUGUCUUUAUUAGUUUCCUCAGUAGAGCUACAGUUGCACACAGAGGAAAGGGCAUCAGGUAGUGUUAGUGCACACUGAGAAACGUCUCUCACUGUGUCUUUACUCACAAUAUAUCACAAAUGGUGUAUUACAAUUAUACUGGAGUGGAGAUUUCACAUAUAUGCUCAUAUAUUUGUUAUUUCAGUAAUUACAUGUGGCGAUAUCUCACAUUUACACAUAUUGCCCCCGUGCUUGUCACAAGCAAAAGCAUCAAGUACUGCUGACACAUUGAUACAACACUCCUUCAUGAAGUUUAACAACCUUCAGCUAGAUAAUCGUUCUGCGGUUUGGGGUUGUGCCUUUAACAAUAAAUACUAGCUUUGGAAAAGAUUUCUUGUGGGUGCACAUCUGCACUUGUGUCAGCAGAGGGAGCUAUGUGCCAUUGCUUCCAUCUUCAUUCGUCAUGCGCAACUUAAUUGUUGCAUAGGUAGUUUAUCAUGUAUUUCUUUCAUAGAGGUGUCAAUACUGACAUGUUUUUUUUUUUGUUACACUUUAAAUCAUAAGAACAAAAGUACAAAGUUCAGGCAACAGAUCCAGAAACAACAGACCACCAGGGAGAUGUUUCUAUUGCACUGAGAAAGAGAUCACAAAGGUCGUAUCACUGGUGUUGAGGAGUGAUGGAUGUCUUGAGCAGUUCUCUCUUAGUUACAGUAAGUUUAUAAGAAAUGCUCUUGGUUAGCUUGUCUUUGUCUUUGUCAAAUUGCAACUCAUUGGUGUCACAAAUAAGUGACAUGCUGAGAAUGAGCCGCCCCACUACAACAAAGAUGACUGGAUAAUCUGCAUAAUCCACAGACCUCCCCUCCUUUGAACAGUUUGAAGCAUCUACUGAACAUACAAAAUACUGGAAACUGUCUACAUUGGGGUCAGCAGAUUAUUAUUGUGUAACCAGCACAUGGUUUGAUCUGUAAAGUCGUCCAACUCACCUUUCUUCGAGAAGGGUUAAAUCUGGGUGAGAGGCGAAACGUCUUCACGGGGUCUACAACCAAACUUCAGUUGCCUCUCAUUUAACCCUUGUCGAAGUUUGUUCUGUAAAGAGACUUUUUGACUUUUUCAAAUAUAAUUUUCAAGACUUUCAGCACCACAAACAAAAUUUCAUUCACCUCUGUUGCAUUUUGGUGGCAUGUCUACAAGUAUAUAGUUGUUUUUCUUAUUUACGUGCACUGACUCUUUAACUACGCCUGCUACAACCCCCUUAUGGUGCUACUUUUGACAUUAAAGGGACAGUUGGGUGCUUUAAAGUGGAGUUGCAUAUUCAGUGUGUUACCUACAGUAAACAUCGGUCAGUGUGCUCAAAGUUCGGAGAAGCCAUCAGAGCACCGCUGUUGAAAGAGUCAACGGAAAAAUGAAUUUUAGCCACCUAAAAAACAAAACCGUAGAAAUUAAAGAACUUUAGAAGAGCUAGAAUUUGUCACCUCUGGACAGAACCAGGCUAGCUGUUUCCCACUCUUUCCAGUCUUGCUGCUGGCUGUAAAUCAUCAACUUUCUCUUGGCACUACAUUGUCUCAACCAUAGACCAAGUAUUUCUACGCCUAAGCCUAAUUAUGCCACAGACGCAGACAUAUCUCAUACAACCCCACCUUGAAAAGAACCAACUGUCCCUUUAGGUUUAAGUGUCCAUCAUGAGUCCAUCAUUUUAUGACCAAUUAUCCAUAAUAAUAUGAAAAUGAAGACAAAUAUACUGAAAUAAAAAAAAA